UUCUUUAAUGACUUAAUGGACAGUUUUGAUGAAUCCAACAGCAGGAUCUCAUGGAUAGUAUCAAUAUGUGUGUUUGUCUUAACGUUUACAGGAAUACGGGUUGGGGAUUGGCAAGAAGCAAGAGGCACUACAGAAAACAGCCUUCUCUGCCAACUCUGAGUGCCUUCAACUCAACAGACGUAUUUACCAUCCACUGUCUGUACAUUCUUGGGACUCCAUAAAGGAGAGCAGUAAACCCGCUUCCAUGAGGAUGUGGUCAGCCUGCAAAUCCACGGAGCAUUUGGCUCAGUACGCCUCGGUCUCAGAAAGCAUGCCUGGCAGACAGGCUGCAGACAUGAAGAGGAACCAUCACCUGGGUAAAAGGACGGCAAAUACGAGGAGUCUUCAGAAAGCUCACGAAAACACUGCUUGAGGAUUUUUUUUUUUUUUUAAGAUUUAUUUAUUUAUUUGAAAGGCAGAGUUAGAGAUCUUCCCACAUGCUGGUUCACUUCCCAAAUGGCCACAAUAGCCGGAGCAGGGGCAGGCCUAAACUAGGAGCCAGGAGCUUCUUCCAGGUCUCCCGUGUAGGUGCAGGAGCCCAAGGCCUUGGGCUAUCAUCUGCUGCCUUUCCCAGGCACAUUAGCAGAGAGCUGGAUUGGACUUGGAGCAGCCAGGACUCAAACUGGCACCCACACGGGAUGUUGGCAUUGCAGGCGGUGGCUUUAUCAGCUAUGCCACAGCGCCAGCUCCUGGGGUUUCAAAAACUUUUUGCCACAAAAUUAACUUGUCUUUGAAUUUCAUUUUUCCACGGACUUUUUAAAGCCCCCUCCUAUUUUCCUAAGGAAACCGAAUUCCAGACACCUGCUUCCCUACACGACUUCGCUAAUGCAUCAUUGCACAGUAUUUCAGUAUCACUUUUGCAAACUAAUUUUUACUUGGUUCCACAUAGGCGUAAUUUGAACACACACUAGAGCUCCUGAGUUCACCUGCCAGAAGCAACGUCAAGGGUUUUCUGAGCGAGCAAAGCCGUUGACCUUAUCUCAAAAGUUAACCAGACUGAAUUUAAGCUUCCCUAACUUUACCCUAAUGCCCUGUCAUGGAGCGAUCAUGUAUGAAGUUAACGCUAAGUUAAAGCCCUUGUUUAAUAUUAGUUCAACUGCUGACCAUCUGAUGUCUGAAAAAGCAUCUCCUUGUGUUUUUAUCCACUGGGUAAAGUGGGAAUUUCUUACCAGUCCUCACACUAGUGUAGAUUUCAUUGGGUAUUAACAUGCCUGAUCUUUACAUCGCAGCAUGUGUGUUUCUCAGGACGAUCAUUUAAGCGAAUUAGUACCAAAAUGUUACACUCAGUAAUCUAAAUAAAAAGAAAAUCCCAAAGCUUAAGUUUCAGCUCUUUUAUAACCAAAGCUAAUUUUGUAGUCAACUAGAAAUUUCCUGUUAAUAUUCUUAUACCAGAAGAUAAUUCUUCUCAGUGCUAUUAUUCUAGUUGUUACUGCUUUGAGCUGACACACUGGCUUGAAAAGAUAGUGGCUGGCCUCCUUAUGAGCUACAUUCAAUAUUAGUGUGCAUUCUAAUGACUAAACAUAGUAGAAACACAUGCACUAACCCCACAAUACGGAAUCCUUGUUUCUCUUCCCUUUCUGCCCAGCGUGUUCCAUCUUGCUCUUCCCAGCCCCAGUCUCAAUGGUUCACCUAUCAGUAGGCUCAAGUUGAUAUGAAGCAACAUAUAAGUAUGAAGUUAAUUUCCUAUGAUGACCAAGAAUUCACCAUGCUUUCAUUCUAUAUCACUUUCAGGAAAGUCACAUGAAAUGAACUAGCUUUUGACUCCCAAAUGGAGCUUUUUAAAAAGAAUCCAGUGAUGGGCGUUUGUGCCAGCAGUUGAGAUACCAGCUGUGGACACCCACAUCCCACAUGGGAGGACCUGGGUUGAGGACCCAGCUCCAGCUCCUGAUUCCAGCUUCUUGCUAAUGUGGACUCUGGGAGGCAGCAGUGCAGGAUGGGUGACCUAGUGGGUUCCAGCCACCUCUGGGAGAUCUCGAUUGGGUUUCCAGCUCCUGGCUUCUGCCUGCCUUGACCCCAGCCAUUUGAGGAGUGAAUCAGAGGAUGGGAGCUUUCUUUCUUCCCUGUCCCUAUAAAUGAAAUAAAAAUUGAAAAAAUCCAAAGUAGUGAGUAUAGAGAAAAAAAUGAUUCAAGUCAUCACAGAAAACCCAAUUUUUGUUGUGGGAUCGCAUAAACAACAUAAAUGCAUCUCUGAUUUUAUAGACACUCAUUGUGAGUCAAAACCUCUCAUCUAAAAAUAUCAGUUUUUAUACUGAUAUAUAAGUUGUUUUACUGUUACCCUGGCUUUCUCUUUAUUUUUUAAGCUCUAUGUAUUUAUUCUUUUGAAAGGCUGAGUCACAGAGAGAGGGAGAGAGCGAGAGAGAGAGAGCGCUUCCAUCCUCUGGUUUACUUCCCCAGGUAGCCACAAUGGCCAAGUUGAAACCGAGAUCCAGGACUCCAUCCGGGUCUCCCACAUAGGUGGCAGGAGCCCAAGUACUUGGGCCAUCUGCUGCUGCUUUCCCAGGUGCAUUAGCAGGGAAGCACAGUAGCUGGGAUUUGAGCUGGUACUCUGAUAUGAGAUGCUGGCAUUGCAGGUGGCAGCUUAACCUGCAGUACCAUAACGCUGGCCCCUGACUUUUCUCUUUGUAGAGCCUGAAACGUCUUGUCUGAUUUGAAUAAUUGCUAACAUAAUUGUGGAAUCGACUUAAGCAGCCAUUGUAUGGCUGGACAUACUGAGUCUGCAAGCCCCAGACUAGCAGGUGACUGCAGCUCACCCCCAGGCCCCCGUGAGUAACGAAGCCUUUGCAUUCUUCCUGCAGGUCCCCUGUCCGCAAUCCUGAGCAAUCGCUGUGGACACCGGGUGGCAGUGAUGUUGGGAGGAGUGCUGGUCAGCACUGGGAUGGUGAUAGCCUCCUUCUCCCAAGCGGUCUAUCACAUGUACAUCACCAUCGGGGUCCUCUCAGGUCUGGGAUACUGCUUUAGCUUUCUUCCCGCUGUCACCAUUCUAUCCCAGUACUUUGACAAAAGACGCUCCAUAGUCACGGCGGUCGCCUCCACGGGAGAGUGCUUUGCUGUGUUUGCUUUCGCACCAGCCAUCACAGCCCUGAAGGAGCGCAUUGGCUGGAGGUACAGCCUCUUCUUCGUGGGCCUGCUGCAGCUGAACAUCGUGGUCUGCGGGGCGCUGCUCAGGCCGAUCAUCAUCAGAGGACCAGGGUCCCUCAAGACGGUCACCCUCGAGAUUCGGGAGAACCGGAAAGAAGUGCAAUACAUGCUUGAAAAUGAGAAAACGCGCACCUCAAUAGACUCCAUUGACUCAGGAGUAGAACUAACUACCUCACCGAAAAAUGUGCCUAGUCAUGCUAACCCCGAGCCCGAGCCCAAGGCCGACACGCCGCGGACCCUGGGGAAGACGGGCUCCGCGCGCACCGCCGAGAAAGCCCCCCUGUUGGACUUCUCCAUCCUGAAAGAGAAGAGUUUUAUUUGCUACGCGUUAUUCGGCCUCUUUGCCACGCUGGGAUUCUUUGCACCUUCUCUGUACAUCAUUCCCUUGGGCAUCAGCCUGGGCAUCGAUCAGGACCGGGCCGCCUUCCUCCUGUCCACCAUGGCGAUCGCCGAGGUGUUCGGGAGGAUCGGAGCCGGCUUCGUGCUCAACCGGGAGCCCAUCCGGAAGAUCUACAUCGAGCUCAUCUGCGUCGUCCUACUGACGGUCUCUCUGUUUGCCUUCACGUUUGCUGCUGGCUUCUGGGGACUGAUGUCGUGCGGCGUGUUCUUUGGGAUUAUGGUUGGGACGAUCGGGGGCACCCACAUCCCGCUGCUCGCCGAGGAUGACGUGGUGGGCAUUGACAAGAUGUCCUCCGCCGCGGGAGUGUACGUCUUCAUUCAGAGCAUAGCGGGGCUGGCCGGGCCGCCCCUCGCAGGUCUCUUGGUGGACCAGAGUAAGAUCUACAGCAGGGCCUUCUACUCCUGCGCAGCUGGCAUGGCUGUGGCUGCCCUGUGCCUGGCCCUGGUGAGACCGUGCAAAAAGGGACUAUGCCAGCACCAACAUUCAGGUGGAACGCAAGUCGAGAGUCACCGCGGGAAGGUUCUGGAAGACAUCCCUGAAGACUUCCUGGAAAUGGAUCUUGGGAAAAAUGAGCAUAGAGGCCAUGGGAAAACGGAGCCAGUCUGACUGGCUUUCCUGUGUUCCAGGAGCCGUGAUAUUGGCUGAAGCUGAGACCAGUGAGGGGCUGGGGCAGAGGGGCCAACUGCUCUGUCCCACUCUCAACACUGCAUUUUAAAGGGAAUGUAUGUGUGAACACACUACCACCUUUUUUUUUUCCCUAAAUUUUCCUUUUUGCUUGUUUUUUAAGCCAAAACAAAACCAACCAACCACUCUUCCAUGUAUAAAUCUGGCUGCAUUCAGUAGCAAUACAAAGAUAGCAUUCACAUUCCAGGGCUCACACAGUGACAUGGACUGAUGGGGUGGUUCUAAGAGCUCUUCCUCGUGAUGAACUACUAUCCUACAAACCGACACAUGACCCAGGCCACUGAAAUUCGCCAUUAAAAAAACAAACUCCAACCAAUCAUUUAAAAACUUGGCAAUUUGCAGAAAUAUGAAUACAUUUUUUAAAUGCUUUGGCAAAUACUGAGUUUCUCAUUAACAAAUUAUGGCCUCUGCAUUUUCCAAACAUUGCAUGGGAAUGAAGCAUAGUUUAAGACCAAGCAUUUGACUAAUAAACUUUUUUUUUUCAAUAUAUAGAACUUGAACUUCAUAAAUGUGAAGAUCACCACUUCUUUUAAUGGCCAGUCAUCACCAGAGGUAUUUUAGUACAGAAUAUACAAAACUGCAUUUGAAAAGGUGUUUCCUGUUACUUUUAAUUAUUCAAAAAUAUAUGAUUGUAGCGUCUUUAAUUUAAACCACUAUUUAUUAUUAAGUUAUUCUAGAAUAAUUAAUCAAAAGAGAUAAAACAUAGAACCUGAGACACAGCAGCAUCUUUUACCUCUUUUCUGCAAUCCUCUUAAUGCCUCAAAGAAUUCUUAUCUUGUAAAGUGACUCUCCUAAAAGGCCAGCUUGUAAUGAUUCUUCAGUCUGAUCAAAGGCAGUGUCCACGAUUUAAAAGGGGAGAAAUGGAUAGCAAAUCGCCUUAGCUUUUACAAGUAAUUUUGUCUCAUCACCUAAGAAUACUUGAGGAUCUUCUUUGAUCAGAAUUAUAUUUCAUUGAAUUGUUGAAACAUUUAUGAUUUUUUUUUUUAAAGAGCAAACAUCUAAGGGUUGAAGCAUUUCUGUAUUUUCUAGGAGUAGCAGAGACAUUUACGUUGCCAUCGUGAGUUAGAAAUUUGCAAUUUGAUGUUUUCCAUGGAACGUGGCUGGAUCGUUUCCAUGGGUGUCAGUGCGUCGUGUAGCGUUUCUCGUUAGCAGUUUUCUGUAGAGGGGCAAGUGUGAGGGUGUGAGGUGAGCUGCUCACCUGUCUACUGACUCUCGCCCUGCAGGUGAUGGUCGGUGCUCGCUGCUCCACCUUUCUUCAUCUUUACUGUUAAUUUAUGACAACUCAGGGGGAAAAAUAUAACAAGCCUAGUUUGGUUACAGGUACACACAAGCUUGAAUCUUUCUGUGCACUGAACUGAGAGUGGCAUAGUUCAUCACCGCCGGCUACAUUUUUGUAUAGCAUUUUAUCAGCCAUAGAAAUAGGACAAUCUGUAAAACUCUGGGGAGGGCGGGGAGGAGGUGACCGAGUCUGUGGAACGCAGACGCACCGAGAGCCGGCCGGAGGCAGCCCGUCCGGCACUGCCUAGAGGGGCUCUGAGCGCCUGGUAGUUCCUGCAGAGUCAAAUGACUUCAGCACUUUACAACGUAUUUUUUACUAUGAAUGUUCCAUACAAUUUAAUAUUUAUAACUGAUUUCUGAGGGAUCUGCUCUAUGUCCAUUCUGUUAACUGCAUGAAGAAAAAAUGUAUGCCAACUUCUGUAUGUCAGUAAUCAAGCUCUUACAUGUCUGGAAGAAAAUAAAAGCAAGACUGGUGGUUUGUUCUGUA